UUGACUAUUUCUGAAAUGUGUAAGGCACGUGUCAUUCCACAGCACCAAAGCACGACCAGUUGCAACAAUUUCUGGGUAUUUCUUAGUCUGAAACUUUCUCCCACAUUGCCAAACACUUCCUUUAUCUCAGUUGAAGAGGAUAACCUCCUCCUCUGUCUCCUUGUCAGAACUCUCACCCCGCACCUCUUAUGCUGCUGCAUCUGUCGCUCCUUGAAUUGUCCCGUUGUCAGCUCCGUAGCUUCAAAUUAAUUUUCACGCCCUUGGCUGGCAUUAUCAACUUGGAUUCCUUCUGCUUGAAAAUCAUACAUAUUCAAAUCCACUAUCUGUAAUGAUGUACCCCUUUAAAAGCGGAGAGGGGGGCGUUGUGUGGUGGAGCAGCAACUAAUUGUUCAAGCAUACCGUGUGUGCUGCCUGAAAGGUUGAAUAAGAAGCGACUAAAACUCAGUGGUGACUCCUUUUCUUCAUCGCCCUUGACUGUGGGUAUUCCAAUAUGGUUGACGUAGAACAGUCAUACUGUAACUCUUUGCCAAGUUGCUCACUCGUACACACUGUUCGUGGUUUUGUAUUAAUUCACAUCCAUUAAAUGUCAUCCUCUUUUCCUCACCGCUUUCCGUAGUAGUUGCUCUCUUGGGCCGAAUGGGGAAAAUUCACUUGUACUAAAGACAAAAUAACAAAAUACUAUCAGAGCUGCACAAAUGGAAAACCGAGUGAAGCUCGAAAAGCUAAGCGGAACCUGUGCGUUUCAGCAUCUUAACGAUCGCGGCGACGUCUACCAGCAGUCGUUCGAACGUCAAAUCCUUCCUCACGAGACAAAGCAGAAAAUUAUCCCGGCAACUCGUCGUAUUUCCAAAAACUCGCAUGUAAAGUUAGUCGGGUGUCAAGAGUCGUGCAUUUGGGUCCAACCCGAUGUUCUGGUCGUGACAGAACGAUCUAGCCAUAACAUGGACCCAGCCGACUCAGGUGCGAUCUACAAGUCCUUGCAGAUCCAGGGCAGACGUAUCGCCAAGCAGGAAGCCGCUCUUCAGGUAACUAAUCACCGGUUACAGAAGAUGUCUGCUCUGCUGGACUCGUGGUUCACGUCCAUGUCCAGUCCUGCCGACGCCAGUCCGCUGACAGCCACCGCCGCCCCAAGCCCAAGUCCAUCCGCGCCCGCUCCUCUGCCGGUCCAGGAUGCCCAGCGAACUGUGUGCACGCCACUCUCCCGACCCGAGAGGUUCUCCGGAGACACAGAUAGCCUUCGUGAUAUCCCACCUGACGGGGAGAGCAGAGGCUUGGGCCACAGCCGAAUGGAGGCGCGGUUCCAGUACCUGCUGCACCUGGACCUCCUUUGUGUGUGCAAUGACGCAGAUUCCAAUAUCAGCCACGUCCAGUCUGUGCUACGGCAUGAUCUGUACGUGAAGGCAGAGAAGUGCGAAUUCCACCGAACCUCCAUCUCGUUCCUGAGUUUUGUCCUAGCAGAGGGGGGAAAUCCACACGGAUCCCGGCAAGGCCAAGGGCGUCUUUCAGUGGCCCACUCCCACGAAUCGCAAAGAGAUUCUGGGAUAGCGGCGGUCCUCUCUCAGAAGAGUUCCAGGAAUGGGAGACUACACCCUUGCGCUUCCCUCUCCAAGAGCCUGAUGCCGGCGAAACGAAACUAUGGUAUCGGAGACCGGGAGUUCCUCGCCGUCAAGACGGCCAUGGCAGAGUGGAGACACUGGCCGGGGUCCAUAAACUGGAAACUCAGUGCGCUGUCGCGCAUUUACGAGGGGGAGUGGCGUGAACCCGAUCACACCCUGAUUCUUCCCGACACCUGCUUUGUGUCAACCUCCACUUGGGAGAUCGAGGUUCAAGUGAAAGAAGCACUUAAAGACUCAUCCAGUGCGGCACGGUGCCCCGCCAACAGACUGUAUGUCGUGCCUCCUCUGAGGGGGAAGGUGAUUGACUAG